CACGCUGCGGAAGGCAGAAGCGCGGCGGCGCAAGAUGGCGGCGGUCGGGUGGGGGAGCGCUCUGCUGGCGCUGCUCCUGGCGGCCGGCGGCGCCGCCGCGCUGGGCAGGCCCAGCCCGGUGCGGGUGCUGUCGGACGGCACGUGGAGGGAGCUGCUGCACGGCGAGUGGAUGGUGGAGUUCUACGCGCCCUGGUGCCCCGCCUGCCAGAGCCUGCAGCCCGAGUGGGAGAAGUUCGCUGAGUGGGGGGAGGAUCUGGAUGUGAAUAUCGCCAAGGUGGACGUCACGGAGCAGCCAGGAUUAAGUGGGCGAUUUGUCAUAACAGCUCUUCCUACCAUCUAUCACUGUAAAGAUGGGGUGUUUCGGAAAUACCAGGGCGCAAGAACUAAAACUGACUUCAUCAACUUCAUCAGUGACCAGGAAUGGAAAUCCAUUGAGCCAGUUUCGUCGUGGUUUGGUCCUUCCUCUUUCCUGAUGAGCAGCAUGUCAGCUCUGUUUCAGCUGUCGAUGUGGAUCAGGCACUGCCAUGGUUAUUUAACAGAAAGCGUUGGAAUACCAGUUUGGGGCUCAUAUGCCAUUUUUGCCUUGGCAACGCUGUUCUCAGGACUGAUACUGGGACUGAUGAUGGUGUUCUUAGCAGACUGUCUGUGCCCUUCCAAAAAACACAGACCACCGCAGUACCCUUAUUCAAAAAAGCUAGCUCCGGAGUCAGCUCACCUGUUGAAAAAGCUGGAUGAGGAACAAGAAGCGGACGAAGAAGACAUCUCAGAUGAUGAGGCAGGGGAUAAGGAGGAGUCUACCAGAAACUCGUCACCAAAUGCUGUACGACAGCGCCCAGUGAACCCUGCUGGGACAGCGGAUAAAUCUUAGCAUUAUUUGCAUGCAGGAUUAGUGCUCGUGAGUCACCAAAUCAAAAGGAGUUAAAUGUCAAAUCCUUCAGCUCAAAGAGAAGAGUGACUCCUAUCGUGGUAGUUCUGAUGCAUUUCACUAAUUCAGAAUUAAGUGUCUUCGGUAGCAGGUAUUCAAAACUAAAACUUGCUGCUGCACAUGGCUGGAACUUCUGUCUAUGUGCAGAGGAGUACCAGGAAAUGACGUGGCUUCUCAAAUGACUUGUUCUGUAGGGAUUUUUUUUUUUUAAUAGAACGUAAACCACUCUAUUAGGGAACAUUACCAAGAAAAAUGCACUAACCUGUUUGCUGUCAAAGCAUUCAAAAAGGUUUCUCAGUAUAACUCCUAUCUAGUUGUGCUCUGAAGAAAUGCUGAGGGGAGGAGUUCCUUCAGUUACGGGAUAUUUUCCGGGCUUUCUGUGCGACCAACUUGUGCUUUCUGCUACGACAAUGAGUGCUACAAAAACCCCAGACUUCUCCAAAGAAAUGAAGGUUCCUGCCUUCGUCUAGAGGAACAGAAAAGCAGAGCUUGUCAGUGCAGUCCUUACGGGUGGAGGUUACAAGCAGCAGCGUGUGUGACACAGGCAGGUUUCUGGUAAAACUUGCAUCAGUUUUCUUUAGAAAAGGCUAUAAAAAAUGUAUGAACCUCUUGUUGAAGUGUUCUGCUCCAGAGAAGUAUUACAAGUAGCACUAUGAAGCCUCAGUGGUAGGGACAGGCUUACACUGCAGGGUUCUCUGCUCAGUGUUCUCUUCCAAUCCAUGUGUCCCUCUGUAGGACUCUGCUCAUUUUUAAUACAUCAUUAAUAACGGCUGCAUAACCAAAUCCUACUGCAAAUCCAGUCAGGCUGUACCUGGUCUGAAGCUGAACUGGCUGCUUAAUUUCUUUCUUCCAAAAAUUCAUCUUUUCAUGUUUUCACAAAACCACAUUGUAACAGUAUCUCCUAGUUCUUUUAAAACAAAAGCAAAAAAAAAAGCCUGUGACCUACUGUUUCCUGACUGGUAUUUGUUUUCACUCUGCACGGAAAUGAAUGCACAUGAGCAUUGGACUAGUGCUAUCUUGCAUCAGUUAAAGAUUUUUCCAUGUUCUUUCAGUUAAUUUCCAAAGUAUUUGCAAGGGAAGGGUUGGUCUUAUGCUGAGCAUGCGUGGGGUUUUGACAGGCUUGUUCUUGUUGGUGUGUUUUUGUUGUUGUUGUUCUAAUUUUUAAUUAUUCGUCUGAGUGGGCUUACAGGACUGGCAGUUGAUAAAUCUGUGCCAGUAACAAACUUGGUUGUGAUUAAGACCACAAACAGAAGUUCUCUUGAAAAUGUUUUCACUGGCAGCAGGGCUGUUUAAAGCCAGGCUCUCUUUGUGAUUAAUAAGAAGACAGACCAUGAAACGAAAAGCUAGUAAUGAGUUUUGUGGGGUAGGAGAGAAACAUUGGGGGCAAGAAGAUUCAAAGCUCUUGCGGGUGAGUGAGUUUACUUAAAGCUGUUCAAAAAAAACCAAACAACUCUUCUGUUUUUUGUCAGUUCUAAACACUUUGUCAGUUGCAUUUUAAGUACAUCUGACAGGUUAUAACUCGGCGUGCGUGUUGUGAAUGGAAAGAAGUGAUUCAGCUGUCCAAAUAGCUGAGUGAAUCUCCCAGCAAGUCCUUAGAUGAGUAAGAAUGAGCUCUUAUAUAAGAGCCUGGAACUUCCUCCUUUGAGUUUUUAUUUUUCCCUCCUCUCUUUCUGAACAUUGGUGCUCUGGAACGACUUUACUCAAGUGCUGGGUUAGGUGUUGACAAGAUACAACUGCGAUGCUUGAAAGGAUCAUUUUGGUUAAAAUCCAAGUGUUCCUGCCAUUAAGUAUCAAACCCCUUCCUGGUGUUGGAACAAAGACGUGCGCGUGCCAUAAAUGCCAUUAAGGUGUCGGUCUUGUAAGAUUGCCUUAAAUUCUCUGAACGCUUCGUGUUAGCCUUUGUAACUAGGAAAAUUAAGCAAUAAAUUUGUGGUGUACUGAGGGGAAGUAGGAGCACUUUGAUAAAUGGUGUAUUUAAUUAGUUUGGAGAGGGCUCGAGAAGAUGGGACACAAAUGCUGCAUGAUCUUGGUAGAAAAAAAAUGAAUUGUUUUAAAAGUUGAACUCUGGGCAGUGAUUAUAUUUAAAUGUAGCUGUUAAAAAUGCAGAAUUUUUUUAGGGUUUUCUAAUUUUUCAGUUACUUUAUAACUGGUUGUGCAAUACAGGAAGUAUAUACUGGUAACUUUUGUCUAAUGUUUUAAGUUCAGAAGAACAAAUACGACCUUUUUUCCUUAGCUCUCAUCUUAGACUCCUGGUUUAACAAGAACUUCUAGCACUGAUUUACCUUGCCUUUGCCUUCUGCACUCCUACCUUUUUGUACUGUCUCCCUGCCUUAGGCAACUGAUUGAAUUCCAAAACUGCCUCUUACUCAGAAGUGUUCUGAGUUGCUGGAAUCCAGCCCCUGUUGCAGACCCGUGCUUGCGAUCGGUGUAAUUUAUGCAAGUGCUGUUCUGAUUAUCCAUAGGCAGCCUGCGUGUGCUGAUCUCUGUAAAUCUUGCUGUUCAUAUUUUUAAUAAUAACAUAAUUUUGUCCUGUGAAUAUUGUUUCUUUUUUUCCAUCUGUAUUCAAAAGAUGUUUACUGAAGAAGAGCAAAGGUUGCCAUGUAAUAAAUGUGCAUAAGAGCCUGUC